UUACCUGCCCGGAUAGGAACCUUCUUCACACGCUGAAAACAUAUCGCAUGUCUCAACACUUUGUUAACGGUAGUCGCACUGCUCCGUGUACCUCUAUGCUUGUGUAACCAGAGCACAAUCCCACGACUGCGAGCCAGUUCCAACUCUGUUUCUGCCUGAACUUAACAUUCGUUACGGACCUGGGUUUUGGUAUUGAAGAGAUGUUAAGCAUACUGGCUCCAAGAACAAAUCCCUCUGAACGAAAGCACAGUGACCUGCAUCAUGCAUCGCGACCACGGUCUUCCAACAUCGCCGAUGUCCAGAAGCAGACAAGAUCUUUCUCGAUGGGCAGCAGCGUCGCUUGUAAUUGGGAGUCGAUGGACCUGAAGCCAUCAUCUGCGCGCGCAUCUGCUUCAGCGGCACGCGGCCUCGCACAACCAACAAAACCGCAAGACCACGAUGUCCCACUUUUAACAAAGACCCCGUGGGAAGUUGAACGAUAUAAAAGGAACUCUACAUGGAGGCGCUCAGGGCUUCAGGCGGAGUUCCCUGCUCACAUUUUCAAGACGUUGCCGAGAGAGGUCUACAAUUGCAUCGUAGCGCAGUUAGAGCAGAUCCAUCUCCAGCAAGAUCAGGCAUGCCCAUCAUGCUAUUUGCAUGAUCUUCACAGUCUGUCACUUACGAGCCGCGCAUGGGAUAGAGCCGCUACUCUACAAAUGUAUCGCAAAGUCUACGUGGUUGGGCAUGACGAUCAUUCACAGUCACGGAAGACGAAGGUCAAAGGGCCCAGUAGGCUGAAACUGCUUAGAAGGACACUGCGAGAACGCCAUCUGAUGGCGCGACACGUACGUGAGCUGCACUUGCCUGACUUUCAGACCUUGUAUCAGCAAGCAAGCAUCGAACGCGAAGAAAUCGUCAACCUCGUUGCGUCCUUGGUCAUGGCGUGUCCUUCUCUGGAACGUCUCGUUGGUUUCCACAUUCCCUUCACUCAAUCCUUCGACCGUCUCUCGUAUGCACUAGCAACAAGGUCGAAGUUACAGGAGCGAGUGUGGCUGCUCUCCGAGCCGGAAGAUGACAACUCGGAUGGAGAGGAUAACGACGAAGUCAGCAACUACUAUCUCGCAGCUCGCGAUCCGACAGAGCGCUUCCUCGACCUCAACUCCGGGCACCCAUUACUAACCACCUUGGUGCUGCAUCAAAGCUCCGGCGACUUCUCCCCCACUCUAAAUUUUCGUGCGACCAUUGGAACUUUUCGGCAACUUCCCCUGUUACGGCAUCUUUCUAUUUCUGGUUUGCCAGCUGCAUCAUUUACGAACUUAGCAUUAAAUGCCGUCCCACCGAGGCUGCAGUCUUUACGCCUUGAAAACCUCCCUGGGAUCAACGAUAAGGGGUUGCAGAAAUUUGCAACCUCGCACCUCUCAACUUCCAUCGAGAAGCUGACACUCAUCAACCUAGAACUAUCGAGCCUAGUCACAAUCACGAGCAUUCUGUCCGAGCAUUUCAGUAGACUAAGGCAUUUCACGAUAGCACAGUACAGGACACCGGACUUAAAUUCGCGUAUCUCGGUACCCGACUUUUCUUGUCCGUCUCUACAAUCCAUACACUUUGAAUUUCGAUCUCAGUCUGGACCGGCAGUUGAUCCCUUCUCGCCAGAGAUCGGAAAGUCCAUGGAGUUCCCUUUCGCGAACCCGGAGCCGAUCUCUUGCCUUGCUACAUCGCUACUAGCAAUGAAUAUCGAAGAAGGCGCCUUCCCAGCAUUGCGUAGAAUACGCAUACCACACGACCCCCAAGGACUACUCCAAGCCCUUUGCAAACCCCGCGCAACCGCACUUCUUCCUUCAGACACAUCUUUCUUUCCAUGUCCACAGCAGAAGUUCGGAUCCUGUGGAUAUGCUAUCAUGAUUGAUGCACACGUAUCACAACCUCAAUCUCCGAAAAUCCGAGAAAGUUCCUACAUCGUACCGCUCAGUCCUCGCGCCGACUCAGCAAUCGAUUCACCCAUAUUCGACAGCAGCCCAUCUUCCUCAGCCCUCACGCCUUUGAAGACUCGUCUCGCAGCCCAAGCCCGCAUACUCGCCGCCCGCAAAACACCCUUCGUAACAGUGCGCGUCUACGACCCAGAAGGGGAAGUCUGCAUCGAUACUGCUAUUGGCGGCUUCAUUGGAGACAUUAAAAGUAACAUAGUGUAUGACCUAAAGCCAGACGCAAGUCGAUGGCCUGGAAACCGUGACCAGAGCGGUCCACCUCAGCCUGAGUGGAUCACUGGCAUUGAAGAUUUGGUAGACGAGCGCACACCUCCGAAUGAUAGGUCGCGUGAACGGUAUUGGGGUGACUGCGGACAUCGUGUUGGUGGUAGGGUGGGGCGUAACAUUGUGAGAGUUGAAGAGUUGUUCUGAGGAGCUAUUUUGAUUCAAGGACAGAACCUUCCAACAUCUAAUCAAGGAAUUGGCAUAUCGCUCCACACAACUAUUGUACUUUCCACUGCAACGAUACCUUCUCAGCACACGGCAGAUUCAACAAUGCAGACUAGCUCAGCGAUCGACGCGUCCUUAUCCUGGCGCUCCAAUUUGCUCAUGACUUGACGUCUGCAUAGCCUCACUCCUCCAGGUGACUGACAAGCCUGCGGAGCAGCUCCGUUAGGUAGGUCGUAUGCGCCCGAAAUAGGAAAACGAUAUUGCACGUAGUAGGUUAGCCGCGCUGGGAGCGAUACUUUUUAUAUCAGUUCGCACCGCUGCUGUUGUUUAUAGUGAUGUUGGUAAAGAUGUUCUGG